CCCCAACAAUCGCAUCUAUUUACACAUUGCGAGCUUCCUGGACACGAUUAGCCACUCUACUACAAAAAGGACGAUCCUCGCCGGGUUUACCCAAAGUCCUGGCGUUAUAUCGAUCUCCCCUCAUGAAACUUCCAUGAAGUUGAAAACCAGGCGCCGACUUCUCCCUCCAGCCUAGAAACACGAUUACUUCUGAGAGACCCUCCGAUCUCUCUUCAUCUCAUUGCCAACAAAGACUGCAUUACGUCAACAAUCGCGAAUACAGCCCACGGCUGCGCUAUACACUCAUGGUCAACCAAAGGAACCCGGCCAGAGGCCCUUUGCGCCCGGUCAAUCCUAUCGAGGAUUCGCAAUCAUCAACAAGCCACGAGCUUCCUAAGACGAGCAGCUCGAGCAAGGAAUCGCGCGGUGCCUCCCAUUUGCUUUCACGAGCUCAAAGUUCGGACUCGGAUUCGUUCGACCCCGAUGAUCUUGCCGCCCAAGUCGGAUCCAUGCGUUUGUCAACAACACCAAAGUCGAAAGCUCCUGCAGCGAUCCCGAAUUCGUCUGCGAGGCGCAACCCGCCAGCCUACCGCCAAACGAGUCCUGAUCUGGUCGAAAUAUCCCGCAACGACUUCAAACCACCACAUCGACCAGCUCCGAAGGAGAGCGAACCAAGCUCCCAACACGAGAACUCCUUACUGCACUCCGAUGCGUUGGAGUCAUUCUUUUCGGAUGUCAAGCGUCAUGACCCUUUCCAUCCUUCGUCCUCACAGCCUGUUUUUGGCCAUCCUACCAAGAUUCUGUCCUCUCUUAAGCAGAAGGCAACAGGCAUUUUCAAUGAGAGAAGGUCGCGCCCGGAGCAUCACCGACCUCAGCAGAUGGCGGUUCCAUCAGUUCCUCUUUACCAAGAUAGGAAACCUGAGCCGCCCACAUUGUAUAGCUCCAUUGGCCCCGACGCCAAUCCCUCGACCUUUCGACCUACCACAAUGUUUGGAGAAAACGAGUUCUGGACAGACCCCGCCAAGGCAUCGUCCGAUCUGAAGGCUUUAUUGGAGGGCGGAAUGGAGUCAGAGGAUGAGGGUGGAAAAAAGGAGGAAGGCGAAACCACGAAUGAUGGUACCGUGGAGGGCCUCAAAGUGAAGCUCCUGCCUCACCAGGUUGAAGGCGUGGAGUGGAUGCGAGGUCGCGAGCUCGGUCCGGUCAAGAAGGGCAAGGUACCUAAGGGCGGUAUUCUGGCGGACGACAUGGGUCUUGGCAAGACUCUUCAGACCAUUUCCCUGAUACUCGGCAACCAAAAGCCCAAUAAGGACGACAAGGGCUGGAAGAAGCAUUUCGACGACAUCGAGAAGACAACGCUCGUGGUUGCGCCUUUGGCCUUGAUCAGGCAGUGGGAGGCCGAGAUCAAAGAGAAGGUGGCCAAGUCGCAUGGGCUCAAGGUCUGUGUUCAUCACGGACCUCAACGCACCAAGAAAUUCAAGGACCUCGCAUUGUACGACGUCGUGGUCACAACCUACCAAGUUUUGGUUUCCGAAUGGGGCCACUCCUCCGAAGAUGAGAAGGGUGUUAAAGCAGGCGCCUUUGGCCUCCACUGGUGGCGAGUCGUGCUCGAUGAAGCACAUACUAUCAAGAACCGUAACGCCAAGUCCACGAAAGCCUGCUACGCCCUGCGUUCAGAGUACCGAUGGUGCCUUUCAGGAACCCCGAUGCAGAAUAACUUGGAAGAGCUACAGUCCCUCAUCAAGUUCCUCCGCAUCAAGCCGUACGAUAACCUCAAGGAAUGGAAAGAGCAGAUUGAGAAGCCUCUCAAGAAUGGUCAGGGCCAUGUGGCAAUUGGUCGGCUUCACAGUCUUCUGCGAUGCUUUAUGAAGCGGCGCACGAAGGAAAUUCUCAAGAAAGACGGUGCCCUCAACCCUGGCGGCAAGCCAACCAAAGAAGGCGAGAAGUCUACUACUGGCUUCAAGGUCACCGAGCGCAAGGUCGUCACAGUUGCUACGAAAUUCUCCCCAGCAGAGCGUCGCUUCUACACGCGACUGGAAGCCCGAGCCGACAAGAGCAUCGAGCAAAUGCUUCAGGGAAAGAUCAACUAUGCUAACGCAUUGGUUCUGCUUCUGCGGCUCAGACAAGCUUGCAACCACCCAAAGCUGCUUGAAGGCAAGCUUGAAAAGGACAGGGAGGCGUUGUCCGAUGCCGCCCCAAAGACCGCGCGUGGAGACAUCGACUCUCUUGCUGAAAUGUUUGGCGGAAUGGGCAUAGCUUCAAGGAAAUGUGACGUCUGCGGUCGUGAGUUGUCGCGGGACGAGGCCAGUAACGGCAAGGACACCUGCCAGGAGUGUCGCGAAGACCUGGCGUAUUUCAACGAGCACGAGACGCCAAAGUCAAAGAAACAGAAGAAGCAGAAGAGCAGUGUGAAGAAAGUGGUGCGGAAAUCUUUGGGAGGGCAUGAUGAAGAAGAAAGCCCGUAUAAGCCCAAGGCCAGGAGACCCAGAAACAGGAACGUCGUCGUUGAUAGUGAUGACGAGGAGGCGGACGGUAGCUGGCUCGUACCCGGGGAUCAGCAGGGUCAACUGCGGAUGGGCAAGGCUGGCGGCGAAGAAGAUGAGAAUGCCGAGGGAGGUGGCGAAUGGAUUGGCAAGGAUGACUCCAAGCACGAUUCCGAAGACGAAGACGACGACAGCGAGCUCGACAGUUUUGUCGUCAAGGAUGACAAAGAGAAGAACGAUCGGGACAGCGACCAGAGUGACGUCUCCGAUGACAGCCUCCUCUCAAUAGGAGCGAUAGCAUCGCAAGUCAAGGAGGAGAAACUCCGUUCCUCGCAGUCGCGUGUGUCGGACUCGGAGACUGAUUCGGAAGAAGACACGGGCGUAGACGUAUCGGAGCUCCAUUCCGACAAGGACAACGACUACGACCCUGCGGGCAAGGCAUCCAAGGUCCUGGCCUCGGCCAAGAUCCGCGAGAUGAUGCAGAUCCUCCACAAGGAGGCCCGCAAGCACAAGUUCAUCGUCUUUUCGCAAUUCACGUCCAUGAUGGACCUCGUCGAGCCCUUUUUCCGCAAGGACGGGCUCAAGUUCACCCGGUACGACGGCAGCAUGAAGAACGACGAGCGCGAGGCUAGUCUGGACCGUCUCCGUAACGACAAGAAUACGCGCAUCCUGCUCUGUAGUUUGAAGUGCGGUAGCUUGGGUCUCAACUUGACUGCGGCGACUCGUGUCAUCAUUCUAGAGCCUUUCUGGAAUCCCUUCGUCGAGGAACAAGCCAUCGACAGAGUCCACCGCCUCACCCAAACAGUCGACGUGAUCGUCUACAAGCUCACCGUGGAGAACACGGUCGAGGAGCGCAUCCUCGCGCUGCAAGACAAGAAGCGUCUCCUCGCCGAGACGGCCAUCGAGGGCGGCAUGAAGAAGGACGCCUUCAAGCUCGGGUUCAAGGAGAUUAUGGACCUGUUCCGGCGUGACGCCUCUGCUGCGCCGCCCAGUCUUGGUGAUGCUUUCCCCGAUCCGUCCUCCGUAUCCCAAACCACAUCGGCGAGAACGAGUAGGCACGGGUCGCCUGAAUCUGGCAGCUUGGUGGCGGCGGGGAAGAAGAAGGCCAAGAAGCCUGAGCAUGAGAUGUUUGGGAGGCGGUGGUGAAAGAAAAAGAAAAAAGAGCUGAAUGUUGCUUUUUUUUUUCGUGCAGAUUUGGGCGUACCGUGGAAUAGGUAGGGCGGAAAACGUUGGCUUAUUAUGAGGGAAGGAGGCAGUGUGUGCGUUUCUAGGAGUUGUGCAACAUACAGAGAUGGCGGCUUUCACCCUUAGAGCAUAGGACCAUUGGAGUUGACAGGAUUCUUUCUGUAUUCUCAUGAUACGACGAUGGAAAAUAAACACUGAACUUGGAAUAUACGUUUG